GCGAGCGGGAGGGAGGGGGCGUGGCCCGGCGCGCGGCGGGGUCAGUCGGAGCGGCGGCGGAGGAGGGAGGUGGUGCGGAGCAGAGCGUAGCGGAGCGCAGCCGGAGGCAGCUGAGGAUGAUAAACACCCAGGACAGUAGUAUUUUACCUUUGAGUAACUGUCCCCAGCUGCAGUGCUGCAGGCACAUCGUUCCGGGGCCUCUGUGGUGCUCCGAUGCCCCUCACCCACUGUCGAAGAUCCCCGGUGGGCGAGGGGGUAGCAGGGAUCCUUCUCUUUCAGCUCUGAUUUACAAGGACGAGAAGAUCACUGUUAGCCAAGAUGUCCCGGUGCACGAAGGGAAGCCUCACGUUGUCCACUUCCAGUACAAGGUCACAGAGGUGAAGACCUCCUCCUGGGAUGCAGUGCUCUCGAAUCAGAGCCUCUUUGUGGAAAUCCCUGACGGGCUAUUAGCUGAUGGAAGCAAAGAAGGGUUAUCAGCACUGCUGGAAUUUGCUGAAGAAAAAAUGAAAGUCAACUAUGUCUUUAUUUGCUUCAGAAAAAGCAGAGAAGAUAGAGCACCACUCCUGAAGACUUUCAGCUUCUUGGGCUUUGAGAUUGUGAGGCCUGGUCACCCCUCUGUCCCAUCGCGGCCAGAUGUGAUGUUCAUGGUGUACCCCCUGGAUCAGAACUCUUCCUCUGAUGAAGAAUAGCUGCGGCGGGGGACCCGAGCGUGACCUGAAAAUGCUUUGGAGGGGAGAGAGGGUUUCAUCUCCUUUCUUGAGAAACGGGAAAACAAGCUUCUGUUGGACUGAAAUCGCAUUUCUCAUUGUUAGAUUGGCCUGUGUAUCCUCAGAGUUGACUAUCUCAUUGAAACGUGUUGCCUAGAGAACUAUAUAUACACACAUGUAAUCACCAAAUAGUAAAUGGAAGAUGUUUAUCAACUGGCAUAGGAGCUCCUGCCACGCGGCUGUGUGGUGUGCUAGCCUAGAGGAGCCUCGUGUGGGCCCACAUAGGGAGCACAGCAGUAGGUGCAGCAUCAUCAACCCGACUUCUCUGCAUCAGUGUUGGUUCUGUCCCCAUCACCUGAUGUGUGGCGUGCGCUCGUCUGACCAACCACCUCUUGGUUUUCACUCAGCCUCUUAAACGUAAGGCAUGUUUGGGGUUUAGACACAUGGAGGAGGCGUCAGUUAACCUUUAACACUACGUUAAAGCCCCUCUGCAUCUCUGCUUUGGGGCAACCAAUGCUGUUUUAACUGGUCUUUUUCCUUUUUUUUUUUUUUUUUUUUUUUUUUUUUUAAGAAAAACCACCCAACCUUCUUUCCUCUUCCAGCUUUUGUUUAAGCAGUCUUACUCUGUUUGAUGUUACCACUGCACUAUCACCGUGUUCAAUAAAAGGGGCAUUCAGAUUAACUUCACCCAGAUGGGGCUGCUUAUUUGCAAGAGCAGAGCCUUGCUCGAGCUGCAGUGCUUCCCGUGGGGCGGAGGAGUGGUGGGAGCACCGGCCAGGGGCUGCAUCCCACCUAUGGCCCACAGUGGUGGGUCUCAUCCCCGAGCUGGGCGUGGGGUUGUCCUCACUCCUGUCCAGAGUGCUGAGCUCCUGCCCGGGGGAGUGGUGGUGCCUGCAGUGGGACGCUUGUUUCUCCAUCGCAGCUGUGCCCUUGUCCCUGAACUGCCCCGCUGUGACGGGCUGCCUGUCUUCGGGGCCACAUGCGCAGGGUGCAGGGGCAGACUGUGCCCUGAGACGCGUUGCUGGUGCUCCCUGGCCCGGCUUCUGCAUGUGGAGGUGUCCGUGAGGGCUCUGUGCACUCCCACUCUCCUGCGGAGGAGUUAAAGCAGAAGCUGAGCUGUUCUGUAACCGUCGUGCUCGGUGUUUUCCGUCUGGGGGAAGACAGGUGGGGCUGGGAUACGAGCUGGUGUGAAUAAAUCAUCUUAAAGUUUG